AUUCCAAGAUGUUAUCGUUGAUACUAACGGCGUGCCUCCUCGUCGUGGCUCACGCCGGAUGUCCCAUGAGGCCGUCGGUGGGACAAACCUCAGCAAACAGAACGCAGGGCGACGGUGGUUACAGGAUUUCCAUCAGCGGUCCGGCCAACGGAUAUGUUCCCGACGCGCUCUACACGAUUAGUCUGAGAGGAUCGCAAACGCACGAGAGAUUGCAACAAUUUACGCGAUUCACGCUCACAGUGCACUCGCAGCAUGCUCCGAAUUCUGCACUCGUCGGUUACUUCCAGUUAUUCCCGGAUUCUUUGACCGUCUUUAAUGAUGAUUGCAUCAACACGGUCUCCGAGGCGACUGACUUCCCGAAAUCAGAGAUCCAGGUGAUGUGGCGAGCGCCUCGUGCCGGUUCCGGAUGCGUUAUUUUCACCGCGAUGGUUUUAGAGAACAACGUACGAUGGUACGCCGAGGAUGAUGAUCUCUCCAAAACCAUUUGCGAGUCGACCAGUGGCGGAGAUACGGAAGAUGCGAACGAAACCAGGUGCUGUGCCUGCGACGAGGCGAAGUAUUCGCUGACUAUGGAGGGCAUCUGGUCGAAUAGAACUCAUCCGAAGGAUUUCCCGUUUUCCGCCUGGCUGACCCACUUCAGCGACGUUAUCGGCGCAUCGCAUGAGCCGAAUUUCUCCUUUUGGGGCAGAGAUCACAUCGCCACAGACGGUUUUCGACAACUCGCUGAAUGGGGCUCCGCAACCGGCGUCGAAGCUGAGUUAAGAGAGCGAGCCAGGCAUCUCAAGACGCUUAUUAAAGCCGCGGGUCUCUGGUAUCCCAACGUCAAUACCAAUACCACCACAAGCUUCAGGGUAGAUCGCCGACAUCCUCUUCUCUCUGUGGCUUCCAUGUUGGGCCCGUCUCCCGAUUGGGUGGUCGGCGUGAGCAAGUUGAAUCUCUGUCAGAAGGACUGCAGCUGGGCGAAGAGCAUGAUAAUCGAUCUCUAUCCUUGGGACGCCGGGACUGACAAUGGUAUUAGUUACAUGUCACCGAACUCCGAAACGAAGCCGCGCGAAAAGAUGAAACCGAUCACGACUUCCUAUCCGGAGGAUCCGCGAUCCCCGUUCUACGAUCCGACCGGUAGGCCCAUGCAUCCACUGGCCAGAUUGUACAUAGACAGAGAAAAGAUUAUCCCACGCGGAUGCAGCGAAGAGCUUCUGCAACAGCAGGUAGCCGAGUUGGAAGUAGCCGAGAACACCGAGGACACAUCAAGAGUGGAAUGCCAAACGACGGAAUACACGCCUUGGACGUCGUGUUCAGUGACCUGUGGCAAGGGUCUAAGGAUGCGCACGAGAUCGUACAGAAUGCCGGAAAAAGCUGCCAUGUUCAACUGCAAUAGACAGCUGGUCUCGAAGGAAAUGUGUGUCGCGUCGAUUCCAGAGUGCUCGGGAGAGGAAGAGAGCGAUGACGACGUGAUUUCAUCCCCGAGCAAUGAUCCACUCUGCCAGACCACCGAGUGGAGCGAGUGGUCCGAGUGCUCGGACACGUGUGGGAUCGGCUUGAAAAUGCGCACGAGGAGGUUCCGAGAUCGCAAGGGUCGCAAACGGUGUCCGCUCGUGUCGCUCGUCGAGAAGGAGAAAUGCAUGGGACCGCCGUGCUCCGCGGGAACGGAGGUGCAGGAUCCUGUGUGUAAGGUGACAGAUUGGUCCGACUGGUCGCCUUGCAGUGCUUCCUGUGGCAAAGGCAUCAAGCUGAGGACCAGGUUGCUGAUGGUCGAUCCAUCGUUGCAGUCGGAGUGUGCCUCGCGAGUCGAGCUGCUUCAGCAACGCCCGUGCCUCGUCCAAUCUGAUUGUACGUUCGACAUGGCGACGGCAAAGGUCGUGUGCAUGGAGGAGGCAGAUCCCGGCCCGUGCAGAGGCUAUUUCGAGAGAUGGGCUUUCAAUCCGCAAAAGUCGAUGUGCGUGCCCUUCGUGUACGGCGGAUGUCGCGGCAACAGGAACAACUUCCUCACGGCGGAGGAGUGCGACACAACGUGCGGCAUCAUACGCAAUGGCCAAUCUUUUAACGGAUUCAUAAACCGAGCACAAGUAGACGUGGAACCGUCCGAUCCUCCCGUAGAUUGCGUGGUGACUCGUUGGUCACGCUGGUCACCGUGCAAUGCUACUUGCGGCUUCGGUUACUCUACGAGUUACCGUACCAUCGAGCGAGAAGCUGCGAACGGCGGACGUCCUUGCCCGAAGAAGCUGCAUCGUCGUUACCGUUGCGAGGUCCCAUGUCCGUGAAAGAAAAGGCAACUCCAUACGGCGGCAUCUCGAACUCGAAUAACGAACCUGAGGAGAUCACUCAGAGAAAAAAAAUCUGUCAGUAAAUUGAUGAUUUAAUUGCGUCUGUUAAAUGUCCGCCGCGAAACUUUGAUGUCAGGAUUAACGCGAUCGAAUGCGUAGAUUAUCACGAACCAUUCGAAACUUGUUCAUUUUUUCACUUGCGCUUUCCUAAUCGAGAUUUUAUUUUUUUCUAUGAGUCGAGAAAUAGAGAAUGUAACUGAGAAAUUCCAAUCGUCAAUUCUACUCACUGCAUAUGAAUUGCAGUUUAAGACUUUUAAGAUUAAGAUUAACAAUUUUUUCAUGAAAGUAUAUCGAGAGAGAAAUUUAGAGUAUAUCGUUUUUCAUAUUGUUACGAAUUAUGUGCUCCACAGCAAUUCACGUUGAAUAUUUUAGGAUUAACAUGGAUUGACGACUUUUUCUACAACAAUGAUAAACAUUACUGUCGAUCUACUACUGCCGACUCUCUCGCAAAAUUAAUCAUAUAAUAAAUAUCAUAUCGUAUUUUAUUUUUUCUACAAAAUGUUGGAUACGAAAUGAACGGAUGUAUCAGAAUAAAUGAUAUUUUAUUAAUGGU